AUGAGCGAAUUUGCUGGAUCAGGUCUUGGCUUUCACUUCGACCACUCCCGAAUCAAGACAGUUAAAGCAUCUAGAACCGCUGAGUGCACGCGUCGAGAAUAUCUCAGAUCAGAUAUACAGCUGGUACAAAUUGCAAUGUCUAGGAGAGGUCAAAGCCGAAUUGCUGAACAAGAACUUCCGGAAAUCAAAGACGGCAUCAGUGUCUGCCGGGUUGGUGUAGCUCGUGGAGGUUCUCAGUUUGAGGUAUGGGACGGAGAAAAUACCUGGCUGGCUGAGCUUCCCAAGCGUUUUCGAAAUAUUGUUUGGGUGCGACGGGGAAGCUAUGUUUUGGUAGACACAACACAUGGAUCAACUGGGAGCAAUGUCAAAGGAGAAAUAACAUUUGUCUUGCAAAAAGACCACAUUGCAGAUCUUAAGAAGCGAGGAGAGUGGCCCAUAAAAAUCGAAGAAUCUCAAAAUUCCGAAGAACAAACUAUCGAUGACGAACUAGAAGCGUCGCACAGCGAUGAGGGCGAUGAAACAGAUGAAUCUGACCCGGACUUAUUCAAAAACCCAAAUCGUAGAUAG